AUGGCUCCAACACUAGAACUCAACGAGAGGGCUGCUGUUGACAAGAUUCUCGUCAAGCCCCUCCCCAGCAAUGGCAGCACUAGCUUUGCUAACCUUAACCUCGAGAGCCCAGAGAAACACGACAGGGUUUUGAAGGUGUUUAGAGCUUUCAUCGCGGACCUUUGCCAGCAGUUCAAUGGUGGACACCCUGGGUCCGCUAUGGGCAUGGCAGCCAUUGGCAUCGCCCUCUACAAGUACGUCAUGAGGUACUCUCCCAACAAUUGCGAGUACUUUAACCGUGACCGUUUCGUUCUGUCCAAUGGACAUGCCUGUCUGUGGCAAUAUCUAUUCAUGCACCUUGUCGGUGUCAAGAGCAUGACCCUCGAGCAGCUCAAGUCAUAUCACUCAACAAAGACCGAUUCCCUCUGCCCUGGCCAUCCAGAAAUCGAGAAUGAAGGCGUUGAGGUUACCACUGGUCCCCUCGGCCAAGGAGUCGCUAAUGCUGUCGGUCUCGCCAUGGCAACCAAGAAUCUAGGCGCGACAUACAACAAGCCAGGGUAUGACUUAGUGAAUAACAUGACGUGGUGCAUGAUUGGUGAUGCCUGCCUUCAAGAGGGUGUUGGGCUGGAGGCAGUCUCUCUCGCUGGUCAUUGGAGACUUAAUAACCUCUGCAUUAUUUACGACAACAACUCGAUUACUUGUGAUGGCACGGCGGAUGUUGCCAAUACUGAGGAUAUCAAUGCAAAGAUGGAGGCUACCGGAUGGAAUGUGCUGGAUGUGUUUAACGGAGACUCAGAUGUUACCGCCAUCGUCAACGCCCUUAUCGCGGCCCGAUCAAGUGACAAGCCAACGUUUAUCAACAUUCGCACAACUAUCGGCUUCGGAUCUGCCGAGGCCGGCAACGCAAAGACACAUGGAGCAGCCCUCGGGGUCGACGACGUGGCCAACAUCAAGAAGUCGUUCGGCCUGGACCCCAACGAGCAUUUCCACAUCCCACAAGAUGUCUACGACUUGUUUGCAGAUGUUCGUGUCCGCGGCGAUGCCUACGAGGCCGAGUGGCUGGAGACUGUUCAGAGGUAUAAGAAAGAGGAUCCUAUGCUUGGGACGGAAUUUGGCCUUCGUGUCGCUGGAAAGAUGCCCGACGACUGGACAAAGUGCAUCCCCAGCAGGUCAGAGCUUCCAACUGAGCCCACGUCAUCGCGAAAGUCUGCAGGUAUUCUGACCAAUAUCCUUGGAGAGAGGAUCAAGUCCUUUUUGGUCGGCACUGCGGACCUGACCCCUUCGUGCCAUGUGGCCUUCAACAACAAGGUCGACUUCCAAUCACCUGAUCUGCGAACCGCUUGCGGUCUCAACGGAAACUACAGUGGCCGCUAUAUCCACUAUGGUAUCCGCGAGCACGCCAUGUGUGCCAUCUCCAAUGGCCUCGCUGCAUUUAAUAAGGGCACCUUCAUCCCUAUGACAAGUUCAUUCUUUAUGUUCUACCUCUAUGCCGCCCCAGCUGUUCGAAUGGCAGCCCUUCAGGGAAUACAGCAGAUUCACAUCGCUACCCACGAUAGCAUUGGUACCGGCGAGGAUGGACCGACGCAUCAGCCGAUCGCCCUGCCAGCUCUCUACCGCGCCAUGCCAAAUACCCUGUAUAUCCGUCCAUGUGACUCUGAGGAGGUGGCAGGUGCUUUCAUAGCUGCUAUCCAGGCCACCGAGACGCCAACCAUCAUCUCUCUGUCCCGACAGAACCUGACACAGUUCCCGCAGCACUCUUCGCGUGAGGGCGUGAGCGUGGGCGCAUACGUCUUUGUCGAGGCUGACGAUGAUGACUUUGACGUGACGCUAAUUGGAGUCGGUUCCGAGAUGGGCCUGACGAUGCAGGCCAAGGAUGUGCUUCUCAGGGAGCACGGCAUCAAGUCAAGAGUGGUUUCAUUUCCCUGCCCUAGACUUUUCGAGCAGCAACCGCGACAGUACAAGCAGUCAGUGCUAAAGCCUCGCUCCGGAAAGGCUACCGUCGUCAUCGAGGCAUAUGCCGCGAAUGGAUGGGAGCGAAGAAGACGCGUCAAGUGUGACGAAGGCAAGCCCAGAUGUGUCCAGUGUUCCAAGUCUGAUCGAGACUGCCGUUAUGCUCAGCAACUGAGUGUCCUAGUACAAGCAGAUCAGGACAUCUCCGAAGCAGCCAAGUUGCGCCAGGAUGCAGUCCCUGAGGCAUCUUGCAGCGGGAACAGCAGUACCGGCGGCCUAAGCGUUCCUCAAGAGACGGGCGAUGCUGAGAAUAAUCAACUCAGUAUCGAGGGAACGGUCAGCUACCAGGAUAACUUCCAAGUCCUUGUUGAACCUUCCGUUACAUUCCAGCUCCAUGACUCCAUCAACAUAUCCCAGGAUGACCAGUCAGAGACAAGUAAUGAUGGACGUUUGCCUAACGUAGACUUUGAUUUCGCUGCGUCUCCGUUAGCCAGGAGCCAAGUUUCGCUACUCAACAUCUCGCCAUUCGAAUGGUACGACCUGCUAGCGCAGGAUGCUAUCUCCCAGAUCCAACGGUUAAACGAUGCCUCGAAUGGCGAACCACGAUGGAAUUUUGAUGAGAGCACACUCUCUCGCCGGCAGUCACCCGCCCCGAGAUCUAUCGAUACUGACUCCCACGCACAAGACCGUCACGGUAAUGGUCUUGGAGUGUCCUCAGUGGAUCACGACUCGGCCAACAAACCAUGGAACACCACUGAGAGCAUCGAGCUCUCGCCAGCCGACCUUGGCUUCUUUCGUUACUACACUGAAAUCGUUGGACCGAUUCUCGAUCUGUUUGAUCAAGCGCGUCAUUUUACCAAUGUCGUACCUCACCUCGCGCUGCGCAAUUCGGGACUAUUGAAGGCGAUACUUGCAGUCGCAGCCAAACACAUGUCUCUUGGUGUCAAAGUCAGGCAGCCACAGAGUCAUGGCGGAAACUCGAGCGAGAGCAACUCAUUGUCGCCGGAGGCAACAACAGGCGGUGGCCAACCCCCGGAACAGAGUCAGAUACCUGCGCACAUGGCCACCCAGUACUACUACGAGACCCUCCAGUAUCUUUCGCAGACUCUACUCUAUCCUUCUUAUGCAGAAUCCCACGAGAUUCUGGCCACGGCCAUAAUGAUCAGCACAUAUGAAAUGUUUGACGCUGGCGGUACCUCGACGAGCGGCAACUGGGAACGCCACCUACGAGGUGCUUUCUGGAUACAACGUUCCCAAGACAACGAUGGCGAGUCCAUUGACGGAUUGAGGCGAGCCGUGUGGUGGGCGUGGCUUAGACAGGAUAUCUGGGCAGCGUUCCGGGCAGGGAGGCCGACUCUUACUAUCUGGCGCCCCAAGAAGAGACUCGAGAAUCUCGAUUCUGACGAGCUCGCCACGAGGAUGGUCUACAUAUGUGCCAAGUGCGUCGAGUUUGCCGCUCUGGACAAGACCUCGCCUAGUCAAGAUAUACAACAGAAGAUUGAGCAUGGUAACAGACUUCUUCAAGCCCUCGAAAAUUGGUAUCAUAUACUUCCUUGCUCGUAUAAGCCAGUCAUGGUCACAACGGAGCACGACACCAUGAGCCGGACACCCUCAACCUCCAAGUCUCAGACAAGGUUCCGCUCCGUAUGGUUCCACCCGCCCAACCACGCCGGCGCCAUGCAGAUGUAUCAUUUUUCCAAGGCCAUCGUACUGCUGAACCAGCCCUCAACCGGCGGCCUCAACGCGUACCGUCAGCGUCAAAAAGGUCUCAACGAAAGCCUCAAUAUGGUUUGCAGCAUUGCAAACGCCUGCCAAAGGGGCGAGCCUGCAAUGGCCUUUGUCAAUGUCCAGGCCAUAUUUGCUGUCGGCCAGUGCGUUCAGAUGCCAGAGAAGCAGGCGGAACUCCUUGAUACUUUGGACAGGAUGUUGGAGAUUAGCAAGUUUCCCGCUACAGGGCUCGUGGCGGAUCUUAAGUGCGUGUGGCAAGAAUAA